AUCUGUGGCUAGUCAUUGUAAUGGUUGACAAUUUGGACAUGUAAUAAAAUUUACGAAAUAAAUUCGUAAUAUUUUGAGUGUUUUUCUCCAAUAAUUAUGUGACUUUUCAACUGAUUUACUUAUUAACACGUUUCAUAAGUGAUUUAAGUAUUGUCUCUCAUUCAUCUUUUUUUAUAAAUUGAUCUUAAAAAUUAAGUGAUACAAUGGAUAAUUCUGCUAUACAAACAUUGGAGGCGGCUGCUCAGAUGUUGAUGGCACCACCACAAAUGGUGACAUCUGAGCAACGUCACCAAGCCGAAAGUGUAUUUCUCGAGUUUCGAAGCACCAAAAACCCUUAUCAAUUGUGUCGAGAAAUUUUAGAGAAAUCUACAUCAGACUAUGUACUAUUUGAAGCAGCGGGAUUGUUGAAAGCUGCUCUCAUUAGAGAAUGGACACUGCUAACAGAAAACGAUGUCAGCUCAUUGCGAGAAUAUUUACUAUCCUACUUAUUGAGGAAGGAGGCACCACCAUUUUUAAGGGAAAAGCUUUUGCAGACAAUUGCCAUUAUUAUCAAGAGAGGCAGCAUUGACGAUGGAGGAAGAGAGAGGAAAAAUUUGAUUAUUGAGUUAGAAAAGAUUAUCCUUAGCUCACCAAUUAGCCAUCAAAAGUUGGCCUGUUCGCUUAUACUGGCCAUUAUGCAAGAAUUUGCAAUUACAGUUAAAUCAGCUGACGUCGGCUUAAUUUGGGAGGUCCAUUUUAGACUGAAGAAAUCCUUUGAAGCAUUAGAUUUGAAAAGGAUUUUCAGGUUUACGGUAGGAGUCCUAGAACAAAUUGUACGUUCUGGGCUUAGACCUGAAGGGGAACAAGCUUUGCUAACAAAGCAAUUACUGACUAUAGUGGAGACAGUAUUGUGUUGGAGUCAUGUAUCGCCAUUAUUGUCAAAAAGAUUGAUCGGCGCUUUUGAGGCUAUCUACGAGAGCGAUACCGCCCCUGCACUACGACUAAGCCUGAGCUGGCGAGACACGAUAAUGCAACCUGAACUCCUUGCAUUAUUCUUUGAGAUACACAUGUAUGUCAGGUCCAAUCCUGACUUAGCUAGCCCCUCACUCACUUGCUUAGUUCAGCUAGCUAGUCUUAGUGGUGUGGUGGUAUCCGCAAGUAACUUGAAACAGCAGUAUUUGGAGAACUACGUGAACAGUUUCCUGAAUAUGAUGGCGUACAUUCAACCAGUCGAGAGAGAAAUGCUGGGGAUCUCUGAUAUAUACAGGAGAUUGAUUCAAUUCUUCUCGCCGGCGAUGAUAGCUGCGACGCCACCAGCGUUUCUUCAGAACUUGACGACGCUUACGUGUCAUUGUAUCAGAGGAUCGGUAAUUGAAGAAGGGGUAAAUGACGAUACAGUAUGGAGGGAGUCAUUAAACAAGUUCCUUCAUAGUUGGAGCUCAUUAGUUCACGAAUCUGAUGGUUACUCUAAUGAGACAUUAAUGAAUCCAUGUAUUGAGGUAUUCAAUACUUAUCUACAGAGCCGACUGGCGCCACCUGAUGGCACAAGGCCAGCUGACACAGAGGAAGACAUAAAGGAUGAGUUGGAAGAAGAUGAGCGUAAACUGCAUAGCAAUGUACUGAUGACCAUCGGGGCUAUAGCUCGCAAGGCGCCAGCUCACUGCUGCCAUGUGCUCUUUACCUUACUACAGGAUCGGAGUAAACGGUUAGAAGGUCAACUGCAGUUGAUGCAUAUGGGGAAACUGCCAAUAAGCGGAGGGGGCCACUUAGUCACCCUAUUUGAAGAUCUUCACUGGAUACUCAUGAUCACAGGUCAUUUCCUAGCCGUCGACUGCACAGAAGGUGAAACAGUGAUGAUUCCCUCAGAGAUCAUCCACUUCAGUUUGAGGGAGAACGCAAAUAUCGAUGCCUCACUUCGGUAUCUCGUUGGGGAAACGACAGACACUGAGAAUGUUGAUUCUAUCCUCAAGCUUAUUGGCGAAAUUAUGCGCAUAAAUGCAUGGGAAUGCGCAGCGUUGGAAGCCGGGUUAGGCAGUGUCUUCAGUCCAGAAUUAUCCGCUACUAUCUCAUGGUUACUCAAGAUAUGGGCCAAUUCGUACUUGAUGCCACAAUCUUCUGUUUAUUCUGAGAUGUCCCCGAUCCUGGCGUGUGCGUUCGGGCGCGGGUCGCGCGGCGUGUCGUGGACGGUGUCCCGGCUGGCGGGCCGCGCGGCCGCCUGCCUGCGCCACCACGCCGCGCAGCCCGCCGCCGCCGCGCACGCCACGCAACUACUCACCACGCUGGCGCACUCGCAGCACAAGCAAAAUCCAUUGGCGACGUGUGAGGAGUUCCUUGCAUUAUUACAAUGGGAAGCGGCCGGUUGCAAUUUACCGGGAGAAUUGAGGAAGGAAUUACAUAGAGCCUUCGCUAUCGCAGCUACUUAUGCCGAAGAAAAGCUAAUGAACUUAAUAAAUAUGGAGUCUGACACUGAACCCGUUCGCAACAUGCUCGCUGAUACUCUUGACUGUUUUAUUGGUGUCACUGAUGGAGUUCUUGAGGUCGGAACAAUGGACGAACAAUUCAUGAUGUUAAUUGGUGCCUUAGACAAGAUACCAGGGAUCAUAUUUAGAUAUCACAACUAUCCCGGAGUAGUGUUGCCAGCUCUCAACUUACUCGCUAAAAGCGCUAAAAGGAUGCUACAUUCUGUACAGCCACAGAAUGUUAAUAAGUUCUUGGAAAUAUGUAACACAACUUUUGAAGUUUAUAUGAGGUGGAAUUCUGGAAAAAUAUCAAGUAUUCCUCAAGAUGCUGAAGAAGAGGCGUACGAGGAUAUCUGCGCCCUAAUGGAAGUGAUCUGCAGCGUGGCUCGAUCUGGCGGCGCGGGCGACACGUGCGCGCGCGGGCUGCGCAUCCUGCUGCCGCUGCUUACGAAUCUACCCAUUGACGACUUCAACAUGGUAGUGACAGCGUUACGCGUAGGACUCACAGCUGUAUCCUGCGACGUAUCUACUUUAUGUUGCGAUACUAUUGUAGGAUUGUCUAACAAAGUGCGAACCCUAGGUGACGAUAAUCCUUACGCAAUGUCCCUCCUAACUCUUGCAGAGCUAUUACUCAUGCUCAUUAUCAAAGUAGAAAUACCUCCCGACUCAAUACCCGCGGCAGGAGCAGCGAUAUAUUCCCUCACCUGCGUUAAACCAGCGUUACUCGAAGGUCUAGCGCGACAGCUCAUAGAAGCAUACGCCGUCAAUGAUCCCACUAACGUACCACGACUAGAGGAAGCUUUCGGCGUCUUAACUAACGGAGUCCUCUUCGACGGCCUGAGGACUCACAAACUCAGAUUCCAAGAUAACUUCGACAAGUUCCUAGCAAGUGUACACGGUUUUCUUAUCGUAAAAUAAAUUAUUAUUUACAGCCACAGUAUGUUGGCUGAAAAUAUUAUAAAUAUUAGCAUAGCUUUGCUGGCGAUUAACGCCUUUUACAAUCCUGUCUGAAGGAUUUGACGCAAAUAUUGCGGUUUCGACGAUUCUACAUUAUCGUUACGUACUGAAAGAGAACCAAAUUGGUGCAAAUGUUGUCUUCAGUUUUGUUUUGCAAGCGCGGUUGGUGCGACUCGAAUGUUUGAUAUAUAUUAAAUAGUUUAUCAUUUUAAAGUCCUUCCCUGGGCUGUGUCAAAUGUAAAACACUAUUGUGUCUAGAUUAUAGUUUGUAUUAACUCAUGACAUUUUCUUAAGUGCCAUUAGGAAAAAUGCAAUAUUGAUUUUGUAACGUUGUUUUGGAAAUAUAUUAUGGCCUAAGAUUGCACAGGGUGCUGUCAUUACUUGACUGUACUGUCCAUGCAAUAUAAUUUCGUAACUGAAAAUAUUUUUAUUUUAUAGUUUUGACGCUUGUUCUGCAAUCUUAUGUUCACAACGAAGUAGUAUGGAUUUUAUAAAUGUGGUUGUGAAUGAAAAUGCAGAAGAUUUACUGUGGUAUUAUAUAUUUCGUAGGAGUAAAAUGAUGAGUACACUUUUAGUACUUAUUGCUAGUUAGAGAAAUUUGUGAUUUCUGUCGAGCUGAGCACUCGUAAACCGCAAUGAGUUUUAUUAUUGUAAGAGGAAGGUCCUUAGCACUUUUAUGUAUUUACUGCAGGUUUUACUCCGUCUUUAUAUUAAAUUAGUAAACAAAUAAAAUAUUGUCAUCUUGUUCUUAUAAAAUGUAGAUAAUAUUGAACUUUGUCGUAUAAACUUGAAAGCUUACAAUUUUUAAUACAUUGUUGUGAAAUUUUCAAUUUUAUUUAAGAAUUUUUCGUAAGUGUAGGUACCUAAUAAGUACAUUAUUUUUAUUCUUUAGUCUGUUACAUUUGAAUAAGUACUUUGAAGUCAUGUCCUAAUUUUUUACUUGUUCAAGAAUGAUUUAGUCAUAAUAUUUAAUUGAAGUAAACAUUUUUCCUAGGUGAUCAAAGCAGGCAGCGUUUUUAUAGUCCUGUCGGAUAAACUAUAAUUAGAUAUAGUAUUUGUUCCUUUUGAAAUAAUAUUUUCUAUUAAUGUAACAAGGAUAUAUUUUCCUGACGUUGACGUAAGUUACAUUUGAAUCCACCUAGUAAUUUAUUUUUGUAAAAUAGAAUACUAGAAGCUUUUACAUUUCGUAAAAUAGUAUUAAAACUGCUUAUAUGAUGCUAAUAUGAAUAAUGAUGUAUUAAAAUAUAUUAUUUCCUUAAGUUUACUUUCUGUUUUACAUUAUCAUACAUGACUUGUAUAAUGAAUGAUAUUUAUUGUACAGAACAGAAUUCAGAAGUAUUCUAGUGAUCUGUAUAUUUAUAGUGGAAAUCAUAUUUUCUUAAUAUAGAAAAAAAUACAGAAAAUUUCGUUAGUAUUAAAUUAAAAGUGCCC